AUGGUUCCAGAGUAUGCUCAAACAAGAUACGCGCUUUACAUCAUGAUCUUCAUUACAGACGUCACAUAA